CAUCGGUUUUAGCGGAUUGCUUUCCCGGACCUUAAUUAUUUGCCCAGAAAUGGUCGUUACGUGUGAGAUCAGCUUCGACAAUAAUAGACACGGCACUUUCUACGCCGGUCAAUUGGUCAGCGGCUGUGUGACCCUCAAAUGCGACAGACCCAAGGAAGUACAAGCCGUGUUACUCAAGGUGGUCGGCUAUUCUAUAACCAAAUGGAGCGAAAAGAGUCUGGGCUCGACCAAACUUUACGCUGGCCGGGAGGAUUAUUUAUCAUCCAACACUUAUCUGGUGGGUUCUGAGCAAAGUGAGUAUGAAAACAAGAGCUGGCCUGGCCCACUUAUUUAUUUUUAUCUUUUGCUAGACAAUAACAGGCACACCAUUCAAGCUGGGGUGCACAACUAUAACUUUGCCUGUCAGCUGCCCUACCAGUGUCCUUCGUCCUUUGAGGGCCGUCAUGGCUGCAUCCGGUAUAUAGCCAAAGUUUUGCUCGUCAGACCCUGGAAACUUGACCAGGCAUACACCCAGGGAUUCACAGUGCUGAAAAUGCUAGAUCUGAAUUUUGAUACUCCUCAGUUGAGGUUGGCUGCACACAGCGAGGGCUACCGUACCUUCUGCUGUGGUCCCUGCAAGACAGAUCCGCUCAAGCUGGAGCUUCACCUGCCUCAGGCUGGCUAUGUGCCCGGUCAGCGGAUUCCCGUCACAGUAGUGGUGGUUAACAACACCUCCGUGGCCGUCUCCGAGUUGCGACUGUGUCUGGUGAUGCUGGUGCGAUACUACAGCGUCACCCCAGAGCACUCUCGCGUGGAACGCAUCAUCAUUUCGCGAGCCAAAGGCGACUCUGUGCUGAAGCAGUGCACCCGUUCCCUGACCAUCGACCUGCCCAUUCCAUCCACGCCACCUACCUGUGUGGAGCUGAGCAACCUCAUCCAGAUCGCCUACCAGCUGGAGGUGGAGGCGCUAGUGAAGAGUCUUCGAGAGCAGCAGCUGAUGGUGAUGCCGGUCACGAUUGGCACCAUUCCCCUGGCAGUGUCCGGAAUGGUGGUGCAGCAGCCCCCCAGGCGCAGUGCUCAUUAUGAGGGUCCAGUCUCCAGGAGGGAUCCACCCGGUGAGCUGCCCCUAGUCGCUGCCUUGGGAAGUGUCCCCAACGAUCUGACACCCAGUCCAACGGAUGCAGAUCCACCGAAAUACGAGGAGUCCAAACACACACAGAAAGGCAACAUUAACGAGGAGGAGGUACACGCCUUUGGAGUCAAUGAGUUCGCCCCCCUCUACCCGGUCUACAGCAUCCCCAGCCCGACGCCUGUGCUUUCGGCCAAUGCGCAGAAUGCUGGCUUCGUCAACCAAAGCUUUGUUAAAUAA